CCAAAAAUGAUGCUGCUGUUUACCAAAUCUCUGCUAAAAACUGCUUUGGAAUGAUCUGCUGUUCUGCUUACAUUGAAGUCGAGCGCUCAUCAGAGAACCCACAACUCCCUCCUAACCAGAAAGAUAAUGUGGACAUAGGCUGGAAACAUGAAACAGAGACAUACGAGGCAGAAAGCGCAAAACAAAUUGAUGAGAAAGAACAUUCUUACAAGGAAGAAGAAAGGCUCUCCCCAGGCACUCCCAUGUCAGCUGAUUCUUCCCCCUGCAAAUUCAACCGUUCAGGCUCACUCCAAUUAUUGGCCAAUGAUGACAUUCAUAUUUCCAGUUCAGAAAAACCUUUGGAUGUUAAAGGAACAAAGCAAACUCAAGGGGCUUAUGAUCCGAAUAACACAGAGGAAAUUGUAGAAGGGUUUCUUUUUCCUAAUUCAAGUAAUACUCCCAAAAAACAAGAUAUGUAUUGCCACAGGACAAUGCCUUCCAAAGUAUCCUGGCCCAUGGAUGGUGCCCUAAGCAACAAUGACCCUAAUGAUAAAGUCAUAAACUCUAGUCAUCAACAUCCCGAAGUUCAGAAAUACGUUAGCUUCAGCCAACCACUCUCUGGGGCAACCUCGUCCAUUUACCCAGGUAGCAGUGCCCCAGUCAACAAGCCACUCUGCCCACAGGUUUCCAGCAAAGACUCCAACAGUGACUAUAAGCUUUAUCCAGAGAUAACCCUAACCUACACCGAGGAGUUUUCAAAUGAUGACCUGGAGUAUCUGGAAUGUUCCGAUGUUAUGACAGAUUACUCUAACGCAGUUUGGCAAAGGUACCUGCAGGGGACUGCCCGUGUUUUUUUAUUAGAAAGCGAUGACGAAGAGACGGAAUUCAGUGAGUGUUGCCUGGGUGGGUGUGGACAUUUCCUCAAUAAAAUGGGCUGUCAGUCUCAGGUGUCAGAUAACACUGGGCCUAUGGAUGCCACCCCUGGCUUCUGUGGUUAUCACUCACAACCCCAAGAAGUGGGGGUGAGGAGCAACGGGGCCUCUACGCACAGCCCCUCAUCCCUGCAACCAGGGAUGACUCUUACUUUGGGGCCUCACCAGGAUGGAACAUCGACAGUGACAGACCAGGGGAGAUAUAAACUGCCCCCUGCUUCUGGGGCUGCUGAAAAUGUUUAUACAGGAGCUCAAGGAGAAACCAGAGACAGCCACCAAACAAGAGAGGAAGUCACCGGUGACAAUCUGCUAAACAUGGAUAAAGCACCAGCGAAGAUGAAGGCUGGUGAGUCAGAAAAGUCAGGGACACACCAGUGGCUGGGGACUGCGGCUGAGAAAAGAAUUGCGGAAAAGGACUUAUUGAGCAUGAGGGGCUCACAGAAACCUGCCAGGGUGAGGCGACCAGGAAUGAAGGGAAAACCCAAGAAGCUGAACACCCACCUGAAAGAAAGUGCAACAGAAGGCACCUUUAAUCUCCUAUAUCCCAGAGAACCUGCUAAGCACCCACUAGCCCAGAGUGAUGAAAGGGAGAGUUCUCACACCAGAGCAGAAGCUACUGAUUUUAAUCUCCAGUUCCAUGCAGAAGAAUGUGCCAUUUCAACCCAAGCAGAGCCAGAAGCAAAAAACCUUCAAACACCAACAGACUCGCUCCUCAGAGAAGAAGGAAAUGCAAACUUCAAGAGAGAAGAGAUGCAGGUUAAUAAUCUAUUUGAAGCAAGCCAGAUUCCAGACCAGAGUGAGUAUCCUCAGGUGCAAAUUCAGGAGAGAGUUGGGGAGAAAGUCUCUCUCAGCCAGAUGCCAGUGUCUGUGGAGCCUGCUGGGAAGGAGUCCUCACCCACUGGGACCACAAUGAGCUUCCUCCCCAACUUUGGUGGGAUCCACGAGGAAAACGUGUCAUUGGCCCAAUACCUGGAGGUAGAAAGCUGUACUCAAAGCCCACAACAUGAAGAACAAGACCAGGACAGAGCAGACAACACAUCUAGUGGCCCCUGGGGAGGCCUGGAACAUGUGCUGAACAUCUCAGAAGCCAGUAACGAAUACGUGUCCCCCUGGAAGGGCAUAGUGCGUGUCCCUCUGGAUGGCCGCAUUGACCUCAAUGAGCCCAAGCCUCCCUCUGUGGCUUCCCCUGAACCCAAAAAUACCGUCCUCACCCUGGAAAAUGUGUGUGAUGGGCCAAGUGGCAGAGAAGCUGCAGGUGGCAUGGAGGGUUUUGAAGCAGGUGGCCGAGGACCAUGUUGUGAUACCAUGGACUCUUCUGUGGGAGCACCAAUUGAUAGACAUUUGCCUCAAGAAAUUUGCUCCAUGGACUUAGAGCUGGUGGGUGGUCAAAUCAAAGCAUCUGAUUUAUGUUCUGUUAAUGAUGAGAUGCUGGAAGUCCUUUUUAAUGCACGAAGUUCUGAGCCUCCACAAUCCACAUGUGAAAAUGGCAAGGAUAGAAACUCAGCCAUGCCACCUCUUUUAUUCAGCACAUUCACCUGGAGCAUUUCACAAGGGGCCUGUGAAGGUGCCACAGAGGGCAAUAUAGCAGAGGGGGAGAAUUCCACCUCCACGUUGGACUGCAUAAGAACGACUGACCAGGAGAGGCUGAGCCCCAGCAACUCAGGAAGGCUUGAAGAAAGGCAGCCUCUUCCUUCUAAGAACAACUCUUUUUUGCAAUUCAAAGAAAGAGGUGAGGAGAGCUCCAGUACCUGUGUCAGAGACACCAUGGACAUGCCAAUCAGUCAUAGUUCCAUUGUGAUGUUUCCUCAGGAGAAACCAACAACAUUAACUGUUAAAACUGAGGAUCUUCAGGCUACCAGGCAGAGUAAAGACACAUCGGCUAUUACCAUUGUGACCAAAGUCCACCCAGCCAAAUACCUUGCUGCUUCAGUUGCUGAAAACAACCAUGCAGAUGUCACUGAGGAGAGCUCACCUCAGACACCAGAUGAAAAUGUGUUCCAACUUCCUUCCAGUGUACCGUGGGGUCAUAUUUUAAAUGGUUCCACAGCUGAAUCUAUGAAGGAGCCGCCUUGCAUGGUGCCCAGUGUAGCAGGAACCCAAGCCUAUGUCUCCAAGAUCUCAGAGGGAGACGGAUUCUUUAGUGACUCCCCUAUUCAGCUUGGUAACCAGUCUGGAGAGAAGAGCCAGAUGGUGGACAGAGCAGCCCACAGGAGCCUUGUAGAGAAUUUCCAAGAAAAAGGAAGUGAAACAAAGCAGAGGCUCCACCCAGAGAGCCUGCCCCACCAGAGUUCUGUUUCUGAAAAUGAUUUCCAAGAAAGUUUGCCCGCCACAUCUGCUGCACAAGAGGAAAUAAGCUCGGUGCCCUUGGACCACUCACCAGGAAACUCUAGGAAGGAAAAAGGGCAGAGCUCAGGCCUGGGGACGAUUAUCUCCAUGCUAGCUGAAGCUACUGUGGAAAAAGACAGUCAGGGUCUGAGCAAAGGUCUGCCUGUCUCUAAAGAUCUCCUGGAGAAGUCUAAAGAGAGUGGAUCAGGAUCUGGGGAACUGGGCAACAAGCUGAAGUUUAUAACUCUAGAGUCUUCUGUUUCAGAGAUCUGGCCACCAAGACAAGUGACAGAUUCUGAGUGCAAGGAAUCAGAAGUCAUUCCUGUAGUUCCUCACAGGGUCUGGGCUAUGUCUAAAGUUCUAAAGGUAUGUGAACUGGGCUCCUCUGAAAUAGCAGCACCAGCUAGCAGUCCUCAGUGUGAGUCUGACUCAGUCCUUGCUAAUAACAGAGAAAUCCAUGGACGUCAAGAACCAGCCAGCAGUGAUGAUGGAAGGAAUCUUUCUUCCCAGUGUUUGAGCCAGCUCAGAUUCCUGGAGUCAUCUGUGGACCCCGUAGAUGAAAAGGAACCGUGUACCACAAAUUUACUCUUAGAGGCUUCCAAAACUGGAGGGAAGGAAACUAUUAACAAUAUGAGUCAAAACCAGGAGGAAAACCAACUCAAGGUGGAUCACCCUGCCUUCUUUAAACAGUUGCUAACCUGCCCUCAAAUCCUAGAGUCCUCUGUAGAUCCCAUUGAUGGAACAGGUGUGAUGGAGUGGGCCAGCGCUGAACAACCAGAGUCUCCCGAAUCCACACCUGGGCUCAUCAAAGAGGGGAGUCAAUUGAAUGAUGGAUACUUGAGCCAUAAAGUAGAAGUCCAACCUGCCAUUUGGCAAGUUUCAUAUCCCAAGGAAAGUGGAGAGCCCAUUCCAAGUGAAAGGAGCAUAAACCAAAACCAAGAAGACAGUGAGAGAGGGGAGGGUGAACAAAGUAAACACCACAAAGCAAAAGUGGAAGGCCAACCUGCCGCUUUGCAAGUCCCACAUCCUGAUGAAGGUGGGGAAGUAAUUCCUAGAGAAGGCAGCACACACCAAGUACAAGAAGGCAGUGAGGGAAAGUUUGGGGAGGCUGCACAAAGCAAACCCAACAAAGCAGAGGUAACUUCCCCCACUUUACCUCUUUCUAACUGUCUUGCAAUAGUGACUCAUGCAUCUGUUGGAGUUGACACUAACUCCACAGGCCAAAUUCAUGACAUCACCAAAAAUGAUGUAGCUGAGCCCAGAAACCAUCAAAAUGUAUUUUCUGAUUCAAAGGAUUGUGCUAAACAUCUGCCUUCUCCUAGUGGUCUUACACUAUUACCUUUUACUUCAUCUCCUGAAGGAAGCAACACAGACUUCUCAACAAGCAACAAAAUCGAGAAAUCUAAAACAGAGGAGCCCCAAACUGGGAAAACCAAAUCCCUAAACUCACCUGGCUCCCCAGCCGUGACUUGGGCCUUCCUUUCAGGAGAACAUGUAUCAGAGGACUCUCCUCAGUUCCUGCAGGACCACUGUCAAACGGGCUCCACCCUGGGCAGCGUGGAAAAGUCCAGGGAGGAGGAGACGCCCAGCCACGUGGCAACCAAACCUGGCAAAUUUCCAGGGGCCUGGCCAGCAGGUACUGCAUCCGAGGAGGCCAAGAAGAAGCAAGAAACCUCUGGAAGUGCACAUAUAACUGAGGGAGUAAAGAAGAAAGUUCUGUCCAGGGUAGCAGCCCUGAGAAUGAGAUUGGAAGAGAAGGAAAACAUCAGAAAGACCUCGAGCUUUCUUAAAAAGGUUCCUAAACUUGAAGCAUCAGUAUCAUGCACAGAUGAGAAGAAAGACCCAAAAAAGCCACCUUGCAAAAGAGAAGGAAAAGCUCCAAUAUUACUGAAAAAGAUCCAAGCAGAGAUGUUCCCCGACCAUUCUGGAAAUGUAAAAUUAAGCUGCCAGUUUGCAGAAAUUCAUGAAGAUUCUACUGUCUGGUGGACAAAAGAUUCAAAGCCAAUAGCCCAAGCGCAGAGAAGUGCAGGUGACCACUCCACUCUUUCCCUGGCCAUUUUUCAAGCCAGUCAGAAGGACCAGGGCUUCUAUUACUGCUGCAUCAAGAACAGUUAUGGAAAAGCGACGGCUGAAUUUAACCUCACAGCUGAAGUUCUCAAACAGCUCUCAAGGCACCAGGAUGUUAAAGGAUGUGAAGAGAUUGAAUUCAGCCAGCUCAUCUUCAAAGAAGACUUCCUCAGUGACAGCUACUUUGGGGGCAGCCUGCGGGGUCAGAUUGCCACGGAGGAGCUGCAUUUUGGGGAAGGGGUCCACCGCAAGGCCUUCCGCAGCACAGUGAUGCAGGGCCUCACACCUGUGUUCAAGCCCGGCCACGCCUGCGUGCUCAAAGUACACAACGCCCUCACCUAUGGGACCAGAAACAAUGAUGAACUCAUCCAGCGGAACUACAAGCUCGCUGCCCAGGAAUGCUAUGUUCAAAAUACUGCCAGACACUAUGCCAAGAUCUAUGCUGCUGAAGCACAGCCUCUAGAAGGCUUUGGAGAAGUACCUGAGAUCAUUCCUAUCUUUCUUAUCCAUCGGCCUGAGAACAACAUCCCUUAUGCGACAGUGGAGGAGGAGCUGAUUGGGGAAUUUGUAAAGUAUUCCAUCCGGGAUGGAAAGGAAAUAAACUUCUUGAGAAGAGAGUCGGAGGCUGGUCAGAAAUGCUGCACUUUCCAGCACUGGGUAUACCAGAAAACAAGUGGCUGCCUCCUGGUCACGGACAUGCAGGGUGUGGGAAUGAAGCUAACUGACGUUGGCAUAGCAACUUUGGCUAAAGGGUACAAAGGAUUUAAAGGCAACUGCUCCAUGACCUUCAUCGACCAGUUUAAAGCACUGCAUCAGUGUAACAAGUAUUGUAAAAUGCUGGGGCUGAAGUCCCUUCAGAACAACAGCCAGAAACAGAAGAAGCCAAGUGUUGUUGGGAAAAGCAAAGUUCAGCCAAUCUCCACAACUGUGAAGAAAGUAGCACGUGGGACCCCAGCAGAGAAGAAGACCUGACAGCUCUUAGUAACGAACAGUUGCCGGCUAGCAGCACACACAUCUUGUGAGUGAAACUAUGCAAACAUACAGAGAGACUCCAUGAUCUGCAGUG